GUGCUGAGGCUGCCCGCUCUGCUCAGGGCUGCAGGUGGAGCGGCUGGACUGAGGAGCGAUCACAUCUGUUUUCAAGAGAAAAGGAGGAAAAAAAACACCAACACAGACAGCCAACUGCAUUCUGCUCUGCUCUUAACCGGAUACACGAGCACACGGGAGGCUUCCGUCUGAAGGAAUUUUAACCGCACUUUCUCUCUCCCUUUCCCUUUUCUUUCUGUCUUUCCACGCCGUUAAACGGAAGGACUGGAAAGGGGGGAUUCCGGAGAAGAGGAGAAAACAGACACAACGUUAUAAGAGGGGCGUUUUGAAGGAGCCUCGGGGCCAGGAGAAUGCAAGAAUCAGGAGGGGAGUAGAUCUUUCAUGACAUAAUUCCUCUAGGGGGAAACAGAAAGGAGUAGGGGAAAAGUGGGGCAAGGUGACAAAGAACCAUGAACUCCUUCUGUUGUCCACAGGAUGCCAGAUAGCUGUGACUUGCCUUAGUGUUUGAAAGAAAACGUUCAUUUGUCUUACCUUUUCAUCCCUUCGUUUCUUUGAGGAGUAUAGAGUGCUUCAAGAGUCUAAUUGUAAACAAAGUUGGAAAAAGAUUUAGCACAUUUUUCAUCCCUCUCUUGCAAGUCUCAAGAGCACCCACUGAUGGAGAGACGAAGGAGAGUGUCUGGAAAGAACCGAGAACGAAGCAGAGAGUGAGAUUGAGGAGAAAUUGAGGGGAGAUCAGGCGAAGAACAAAACUAAAAAAGAAUCUGCUGAGUCUGCUGGGUUUGGAAUAAGGCUCUUGGACUUUUGGAGUAUACUGCACAAGUCUCCAUUACAAAGUCCCCCUUUUGGAGAAGGACCAUUCUGUUUGAACUGCUAUUGCGCUCAAUAUUAAGCUGAGUAAACAGGUGGAGCAGGAGUUAACCCCUAGAACACUGUUGUGAGCUAAUUCAGACCCUGUCAGGGCUUAUAAGAUGACUAGACAGAGCAAAACUUCCCAGUGGCCCUUGUGGUCCUUAGUUUUAGCUGGGUGCUUCCUCUCAGCCUGGUCUCUGGAGUUUGGCGGAGCCACGGGUCAGUGGGCCCGCUAUGGCCGCUGGGAAGCCGGCUCAAUUGGUGAGCUUAGCUUCAGCCUGAAGACUAACAUUAGCAAAGCUCUUGUGCUGUACCUUGAUGAUGGAGGCAACUGCGACUUUCUGGAGCUUCUAAUUGCAGGAGGGCACCUACAGUUACGCUUUGCCAUCCACUGUGCUGAGCCUGCCACCAUUCAAAUGGAGACCCGUGUCAAUGACGACCGCUGGCACAUGGUCCUCCUUACCCGCAACUACCGCGAGACCAUGCUGAUGGUGGACGGUGAGACCAAGGUGGCCGAAGUUCGCUCCAAACGCAAGGAGAUGGCUGUGGUCAGUGAUCUCUUUGUUGGAGGCAUCCCGCCGGAUGUUCGCCUGUCCGCUCUGACCUCCAGCACGGUGAAGUACGAGCCACCCUUCAUGGGCCUUAUCUCCAACCUGAAGGUGGGUGAGAAGCCCCCUACCCUGCUCAACAGCCAAGGCAUUCAAAGCGACCUGGAGUACCUAUGUACCAAACAAAACCCGUGUCUGAACGGAGGAUUCUGUGUCGUCCAGUUUGGAGAAGUGCACUGCGAUUGCUCCCACACACGCUUCAGAGGAAAAUACUGCAAGGAAGAAGAAUACUCCGUGGAAGGUCUGGCGCACCUGACGUUAAACAACCAAGGUGACUCAUCCCAAGUGGCAGGUAAAGAGGAAUCUGUGGCCACAUUCAAAGGCAAUGAGUUUUUCUGCUAUGACCUCUCGAUGACACCCAUCCAGAGCAGCACGGACGAGAUCACCCUGUCCUUCCGCACGCUGCAGAGAAACGGCCUCAUGCUCCACACAGGGAAAUCUGCGGAUUACGUGAACCUGUCUCUGAAGAGCGGCGCCGUGUGGCUGGUCAUUAACCUCGGCUCCGGAGCCUUCGAGGCACUCGUUGAACCCGUCAAUGGCAAGUUUAACGACAAUGCCUGGCACGAUGUGAAGGUCACGCGAAAUCUGCGGCAGCACUCAGGCAUUGGACACGCUAUGGUAAACAAACUGCAUUAUAUGGUGACCAUAUCAGUGGAUGGUAUUUUGACCACCACUGGUUACACGCAGGAGGAUUAUACUAUGUUAGGCUCUGAUGAUUUCUUCUACAUUGGAGGAAGUCCCAACACUGCUGACCUCCCUGGAUCACCAGUCAGCAACAACUUCAUGGGCUGCCUCAAAGAUGUUGUGUACAAGAACAACGACUUCAAGCUGGAGCUUUCCCGGCUGGCCAUUGAACGGGACCCCAAAAUUAGUCUCCAUGGUGACCUGGUGUUUCGCUGCGAGGAUGUCGCUGCCCUUGACCCUGUGACCUUUGAGACACCCGAGUCAUACAUUGCCCUCCCACGCUGGGACACCAAGAAGACCAGUUCCAUCUCCUUUGACUUCCGUACCACAGAGCCCAGCGGCCUGCUGCUUUUCAGCCAUGGCAAGCCUCAGGGCACCAAGGAGCAGCGGCAUGGCCGUGAGCUGAAGACCGAUUACUUCGCCAUGGAGCUGCUGGACGGAUACCUCUUCUUGCUGAUGGACAUGGGUUCUGGCAGCAUCAAACUCAAAGCCAGCAAUAAGAAGGUCAACGAUGGGGAGUGGUGCCACGUGGACUUCCAGAGGGAAGGAAGGAAAGGUUCUAUUUCAGUAAACAGUCGUACCAUGCCCUUCAACUCCAAUGAGGGCAGUGAGAUCUUGGAUCUGGACAGUGAUAUGUACUUAGGUGGGCUCCCUGAGUCUCGGCAGGGCCUGGUGCUGCCCCCUGAAGUUUGGACAGCCCUGCUGAACUACGGCUAUGUAGGCUGUGUACGGGAUCUCUUUAUCGAUGGGAAGAGCCGUGACGUCCGGCGGCUGGCUGAGAUCCAGAGCUCCCCUGGAGUCAGCAGCUUCUGCACACGUGAGCUCCAGAAGAGGUGCAGCAGCACCCCCUGUGGCAAUGCAGGAGUCUGCAAGGAAGGCUGGAAUCGGUACAUCUGUGACUGCACAGGGACAGGCUUCCUGGGCAGCAACUGUGAUAUAGAGGCCACAGUGUUGAGCUAUGAUGGCAGCAUGUAUCUGAAGAUCAUCAUGCCGGGCACCAUGCAUACAGAGGCUGAAGACCUGGCCCUUCGCUUCAUGUCUCAGCGCGCAUACGGCCUCCUGGUGGCCACCACCUCCAAAGAGUCUGCAGAUACACUGCGUCUGGAGCUGGAUGGUGGCCGUGUCAAACUCACUGUUAAUCUGGAUUGUAUCAGGAUAGACUGUAACCUCAGUAAGGGUCCUGAAACUCUGUAUGCUGGUCAGAAGCUCAAUGAUAACGAAUGGCAUUCUGUAAAAGUGUUGCGCAGAGGCAAGAACCUGCAGCUUUCUGUGGACAACGUUACUGUGGAAGGUCAGAUGACUGGUGCCCACACGCGCCUGGAGUUCCACAAUAUCGAAACGGGUAUCAUGACGGAAAGACGUUUCAUCUCCGUCGUUCCCUCCAACUUUGUUGGGCACCUACAGGGGCUGACUGUCAAUGGCGUGCCCUACCUGGACCAGUGCAAAAAUGGUGACAUCUCCUACUGUGAACUCAACGCCCGUUUUGGAAUGCGCCACAUCAUUGCUGAUCCGGUGACCUUCAGGAGUAAAGGCAGCUAUCUAGCACUAGCUACACUGCAAGCAUAUGCCUCCAUGCACCUUUUCUUUCAGUUCAAGACCACCAGCUCUGAUGGCCUGAUCCUCUAUAACAGUGGAGAUGGAAGUGACUUCAUCGUGGUGGAGCUGGUUAAAGGAUACAUCCACUAUGUGUUUGACCUGGGAAAUGGACCCUCUCUGAUGAAGGGCAAUUCAGAAAAGCCAUUGAAUGACAACCAGUGGCACAAUGUGGUGGUUUCCCGCGACACCAACAACAUGCACACACUCAAGAUUGAUUCCCACACCGUCACCCAGCACUCCAAUGGAGCACGGAACCUGGACCUUAAAGGAGAGCUGUAUAUAGGUGGUGUGGGGAAAACUAUGUAUAACAGUCUGCCCAAGCUCAUCGCGUCCCGGGACGGUUACCAGGGCUGCCUGGCGUCCGUGGACCUAAAUGGCAGACUGCCAGACCUGAUCGCAGACGCCCUCCACAGGGUGGGCCAGGUGGAUCGAGGAUGCGAUGGACCUAGCACCACCUGCACGGAGGACUCCUGCCAUAAUCAGGGAGUGUGUCUGCAGCAGUGGGAGGGCUUCUCAUGCGACUGCACCAUGACGUCCUAUGGAGGCUCAUACUGCAGCGAUCCUGGGACUACCUACAUCUUCGGCCGCGGAGGAGCCCUCAUUACCUACACCUGGCCGCCCAACGACCGGCCGAGCACGCGGGCAGACCGGCUGGCGGUGGGUUUCAGCACACAGCUGAAAGAGGCCGUGCUGGUGCGGGUGGAGAGUGCCAAAGGACUCGGAGACUACCUGGAGCUUCACAUAGAACGAGGGAAGAUUGGGGUCAUUUUCAACGUGGGCACGGACGACAUAGCGAUCGAGGAGAGUGGGGUGGUGGUGAGCGAUGGCAAAUAUCAUGUGGUGCGCUUCACUAGGAGCGGCGGAAACGCCACACUGCAGGUGGACAACCAGCCGGUCAUUGAACGCUUCCCAUCAGGGAACUUUGAUAAUGAGCGCCUGGCUAUUGCCAGACAAAGAAUCCCAUACAGACUUGGUCGGGUAGUAGACGAUUGGCUACUUGACAAAGGUCGGCAGUUGACAAUCUUUAACAGUCAGGCGUUUAUAAAGAUUGGAGGUGGUGAGAAAGGCCGUAAUUUUCAGGGUCAGAUUUCGGGUCUGUACUAUAACGGGCUGCAGGUCCUGAAGCUGGCAGCCGAGGGCGACCCCAACGUGCAGGUGCAGGGGAACCUGCGGCUGGUAGGGGACGUCCCCUCCGUUCUGACCACAGACACCACCUCCACAACCCCGCUGGCAGACAUGUCCACCACCAUAAUGGAGACCACCACCACUAUGGCCACUACCACCACCCGUAAACAGCGCUCACCCACCAUGAGAGACAGUGUCACACAGAAUACGGAUGAUCUGCUAGUAGCAUCAGCAGAAUGCCCUAGUGAUGAUGAGGAUCUAGAGGAGUGUGAGCCUGGUGGAGGUGAAUUAGUGUUGCCUAUUAUAACCGUGGAUUCCCUAGAUCCCCCUUCAGUCGCAACACGCUACCCCGUUAUCCCUCCACCCCCCACCUACCACCCCUUCCUCACACUGCUCGAGACCACCAAAGAGUCUCUGUCACUGCCCAAUGGCCGGGCUCCAUGCCCGCUGGACCAGGAGGACUGUGAGGAGGCAAUGGAGGUUUCGGCCUACGGCUCAGGUGAGAUGACAGAGUCUGACGAUGAGGACUAUUACAAAAACUCACCCCUCGUCACAGACCGGACCGUACUUCCGCCUCCCCCAGCAGCUGAGAACACACGAGGGGACCGCCACUUCUCUCGGCACCCCGAUUCCCACCGGCCCCCACUCCCCUCUACCCCCACUGCUCAUCCAGAGCAACUCGUACCACGACUCAAACCCGGCAUCAAUAGUGGCCCCAAUAUUCCUGCGGGAAAAAUGAACACCCGCGAUCAGGUGCUUCUACCCCCAGUACAGCCUUCUGGGGAUCCUGAGCAUGGUGGGAGGCACAGGCACAUCCCUGGUGUAACCUACCCUCCAAAUUUCCCUCAUAUUCCUACCACAGACCCGUCGUCUCCAGACCGAGGGCCCCCAGGAGCGGUGGAGGUGAUCCGAGAGUCCAGCAGUACCACAGGGAUGGUCGUAGGAAUAGUAGCGGCAGCCGCUCUCUGCAUCCUUAUUCUGCUCUACGCCAUGUACAAAUAUCGCAACCGCGACGAGGGAUCCUACCAGGUGGACCAGAGUCGCAACUACAUCAGUAAUUCAGCCACACAGAGCAAUGGGGCGCUAGUCAAGGAAAAGCAGCCUGGCACAGCCAAAACAGGCACAAAGAGCAAGAAGAACAAAGACAAGGAAUACUACGUCUGAGCUCAGGCCUGCCAGGGAUGGAGGCAGAGGAAAAAAGAGUGAUGGAAAGAGAGAAAGAGGGGGGAGAGAGAGGUGGAGGAAUAAUAGUAUAUGUAGAGAGAAGGCAAAAGAUCAGGUAUUUGUUGGCACUUUGAGGUCACAUUUCGAGCAGUAUAAGUCCUCUUCUUUGUCACCCUUCCUGACUAUUUGUCUCCAAAAAGAAGGUGAAAGGAACAAAAGAGAGAGCAAGUGGGAUUUGGGUUGAUUCUUCUAUUUCCCAAUUUUUGAUAGUUGAUCCUUAAUACAGAUUCUGUCUUUUGUACAGUGGGGUAGCUGAGAAGUGGAUUUUUCUCCAUCAUAACUGUUUGACACUCUAGUUAGCUCUUUGUAAAUGCUGUGUUAGUCUUGGGUCUAUAUGAUCAUCACCUAACCUGAUGUUGCAACACCUAUAUGUGCCAAGCCCAGGGGAUUCCUUUGUUCAGAAGACAUUUUGUGAGGCUAGCUGCACCUCAAGUGUGUCAACAGCAUUACUGUUGCUCGACUCCAGGGGAUUCUUGGAUGCUGUUCAAAAUUUUCAAAAAGUUGGAGUAAGUAAUAUUUGACAGAGAGAUGAUCAAAUAGUUCUGCAGUAAUGCUGCUCCAGAAUACUGCCAAACUAACUCUGUGUCAAAUCUGCCUCCCUCUCUGCUACAAGUAUUCAUCUCCUACUCCUCUCUCCUUUCAGUUUUUCUCUCUCUCUCGUGUUGGCUCGUGCUCUUAUUUCCUCUCCUUGUCUUUGGUGCUCAGGAGCUGAUGCAACAUAACUUCUGCUGUGUUUCAAGCAUGUAGUAUUCAUAAAUGAAAAAGAGACAAAAACUGUUUCUGUGGAGUUAAAAAAAAAAUUUUAAAAAGUUGCAAAACGAAUAACUAGCAAAGUGUGAGAACUACUCAACAUCCACGGUUGCUCCGUUUAGCCACCGAAACUCUCCAAGGCCCGGCUGUCCUACGUUCCAGCAGAUUUUCGUCAUGUGUUUUGGGGGGUCCAUGUCGAGCCCUUCUUGAGGAUCCUGAUUCCUGCUCUCAGUUCCAUAUAUGAAGAACCGGAAAAAAAUAACAUCUCACAGCAGCAAACUGACUUUGUUCUAAAUAUAAAUAUAUAUGUAUAGACGUUUGAGAAACUCAAGGACCUCACAGAAAAGGAAACGGAUGGUGAUCGUUAGGUAAUAUCAGUCCACUGCUUUGAGAUGACAAUGAACUGUUUGGUCGUCAACGUGAGUCAGUUUUCCUCUCCCUGUGCAUUUCUUGAACAAACCACAUCGUAACAUGUCCAUGAAAAAAGAAACACUACAGACAUAACAGAACAGCAGAACCUAUGGAGUGCUUGAAUUUUUGUUUUUCUUUUAUAUUUUGUCAUGAGCAAAAAGGGAAAAAGACGUUAAUAGGAAAAUGUGCGUCCUGUUGUUUCAGCAGUGGGGGAACAUGAAUGUUCAUGAAUAUUAGCAGGCAACCAUGUUCUUUUUCACUGGUACAGGGCACAAAAAGACGGACUGUAUCAGCACGAACUUUUAACAACCAUUAAAAAAUAAAUAAAUAAACACUCAUAUGAAGGUUGAAGAUGACGACCCGUUCCUUUGAGGAUAUACAACUUGAACUCUAGUAUUCCAAUUUUCUCAGCUCUAUUAAAAGAACUAAAAUAUGAAAAGAAAAGAAAAAAUCUUCAAAAAAAGUUUGUGAAAUGUCUAAAUAUUUGAACCUCAUCCCAUUGCUAAGAUUAACAGAUGUGUUUCCCUUACUUAAAACCCCUGUUUGGAGAAAAAGAAACAUAAUAAUCAGUGAUCCUGGGAAGCAAAUUGAUAUAUUCCUAUUUGUUCAAAAGAGCAAAAUGUAAUCUGGUUUACAAAACAAACAUUACCAUACCAAAUGUGUUUUUUGUUCGUCAGUCCAGGAGACCACCGUCUUCUGCAUCAUAAUGUCUUUCUCUAUUUUUAAUCAUUUUCUCUGCAUCAUUCAACAUGGCAGACUGUAAUCCUUCAGGGUCCUUCCAUUCUUUUUUUCCUAGUUUCUUUUCUAACACUGUUGCUCUGAAAUCUCUUCGAGACGUUAUCAGAGCAGCGAUCGGCGUGUAUGUGUGCGCGUCUGCGUGUCUCUCACCUUUUUCAUGUUUUCUGCUGACGUUUGACCUGUUUUUUAGUUGUACCCCAUCGCUGAGCCUUUCCUCCCAGCACCCUCCUGUUCUUUCUAAAUGUUCUUGUAAAGUGUUCCAGUGAGAUGAACCUAAAUAUGUGUAUAUUAACAGAAGGGAAUACAAUUGGUUAUAUACUUCUUA